GCUUUCCUGUAUAUUUUGGUGUUCCUAAUAUGGAUAUACAUCGCGCGACUCAACUUCCUAACCCUCUCUCUACUCUAGGAUACGAGUACUAUACGCAACGCACGUACGUACGCACUAGUAAGCGCAAAAGCGCCCGAUACCCUACACCCCUCCUCUCCACUAAAGGCCCUUUCACACGAUUGCGUAUGCGACAUGCAUGCCUUUCCCCUACUAAGUGCUUCCCCGAACUCCUCCGUCAACAACCUACCCCAGCCACGCCAGUAGCCAAGCCAAGCCGGCCACAACCAACUGCUGGGCGAGUCGAUCUACUACCAUCGCACACCACUCUCCCUUUUUCGUUCCCCAGAGUUUCAGAGUGGAGAGUUGCACAUUCUCCGUGUUGUUUUGGAUUGCAAAUCCGAUUAGCGAGAUUAGGGUGGGUGGGGAAAGGUACCGGAAUUAAGCAAAUGUGGACUAGGGGAGAGAGGGAGAGGAGACGUAUAGUAGGCUUGGCUGAGAUUGGUUUAGGCGGGUUUUCUUUGACCGGCCUAGUGAGGGGGUAUCUGUGCUUAGGGUAAUUUAACGGGG